UCCUGGCGUGCAGGAGUUUGCAUUUGUUUGUAAUUCAUAUUGAAUGGAAGUGUUUACGGGUCAUCUGUCAACAUCUCUAUUUCAUAAUUCAGUAUUCACUAUGGCUGACAAUCAGAGUGACAUUUUUAAGACACCAUCAAAGCCCGCAAGAAGAAGAGCCUCAAAGCAAUGGAAUGAAAUCCUGAUUCCAGAGUCACCAAUGAUGAAGGUUAUAGGUUAUGGUACAGGGAUCAAUGUGUCGCUGCUGGAGCGCGGUACGCCGCGGCGCAUCACACAGCGCUCGCCGUGGGCCGUGAAGCGGCUCAGUCGGCGCGUGCACGUGGCGCCCGAGCAGGCGGCGCGGCUGGCGCGCGAGGCCGAGCUGCUGCGCCGCCUGCGCCACCCGUGUGUGGUCGGCUACCGCGGCGUGGCGGCCGGCUCGGCGCCCGGCUCCGUGGCGCUGCUGAUGGAGGCAGCCUCGGCCUCGCUAAUGGACCUGAUCGAGACGCGCGCCGAGUCCGAGCCGGACCCGGGACCGUUCCCGCUGAGCGCCAUCGCCACGGUGGGCCUCGACAUCGCAUCUGCUCUGCACUACCUGCACACGGACCAGCACCUGCUGCACGGCGACCUCAAGUCGGCCAACGUGCUGGUGUUCGGCGCGUUCCAGCGGGCCAAGCUGUGCGACUUUGGCGUGUCGCUGCCGCUGAACAAUCAGCUGGCGGUGACUGGCGACCAGACGUAUGUGGGCACGGAACCGUGGUCGGCACCGGAGGUGGUGUUUGACGGAGACGUCACACACAAGACGGAUAUCUACUCGUACGCGCUGACGCUGUGGGAGAUGUUCGCGCUGGAGAUGCCGCACGCCUCCGACCUGCCCGACCUGGACAACAGCGAGCUCAGCUCUGACAGCGAGAUGGACGACUCUACCGGCUCGGACGGCUACUUCGAGUCUCAGAUGGGCGUGCCGCCGCCGGUGCCUCAGCUGGGCGCCGCGCUGAUGGCCGAGUACCGUCCGUUCGUGGAGAUAUACACCGUGUGCUCGGCAGUGCGCGCGGGGGACCGGCCGGCCGCCGAGCAGUGCUGCCAUCUGUUCCGGCCGCUCUGCCCGCGCCCGGAGACGGACGGAAAGGCCGCCUGAGGAACGAGCGAGCGAGGGAGGGUUUAGUGGGAUAGGAGAGAUGGGAGGGGAGAAACGGACCAAAGGAGGAUUGAGGUAAAGAUCUUUGUGGGGUGGGAUUGAGGGCCGCCAUUGGGAAUAAUUAUUGAAUCAUUGGAGUAGGACUUGAAGCUUGGAGGAAGGGUUGAAGUUCGCUGGGAAGGGGGCAAAGACAAUCUUGGAGCAGAGGGCGCGAAUUCGUUAGGACCAGAUAUGAUUGGGCCCGCCGGGGGGGGGGGGGAGAGUAUCAAGUCCUAACGAUUGGAGGGAUGCGAUUUACGAUAAGGGCUGGGUCUAUAAGGCGGUAGUUGGGUUAGCAGUAGGGUCCGCUGGAGUAAGUAGUUAGUUAUCGGAGCUGGUACGCGGGACGGGAGGCAGCGCCGCUCGGUCUCUGGUCGGUCUGCAGCGGUGUGUAGCCUCCGCUCACUGGUGAUCCUAGCAGAGCGCCAAGCGGAUGGGGUAGUCACCGUGACUGAGUACGCCAUCCUGCGCUAACUGCGGAGAGGACCAACUGUCCAGAGGCGCCAGUCCGGUACGGAAAUGAGGGGAUAUCAGGAUACACAAAGGAUGCUGGCGUGUCACCUGAGCGUCUGUGGGGCAUUCUGAGCGGUGAGACAUGAGGCGCUCUAGAAGUUAUUCCAUCAGCAUUGUAUAUAGCCAUUCGUUUCGCUUACUUUCGCCGUGUCUUCUUCGCUAUCGACAGCUCACAAAUGUGUGACAUGAUUUAACGAAGGGUCGCACCGCUAGCUUUGCUCUGGUGUUUGUUUCAUAUUCGCUGAGUAAAUAAUUCCGUGUAUUAUGUGUAAUGUUAAUAACUUGCGUCUUCCAAAGAGUGACAAGUGAACUGCUCACACCAUCUAACAAUCACGGCAAAUGCAAACGCUACUUCGUGACAGUUCCGAUUGUACACUGAGGUUCAUUACAGUCUACAGAUUCUGUUUCCAUUUCCCGAUUCGUCAUUAUGACCCCUUCGAAUGUGAAUCGCCGUGGGUUGUUGGACUUAUAUGGCCUUGGGUUGUUGGGUGACCCAAAACGCGCGCUGGUGGAAGUCGUCCAGGAUAUUAGCCAUUUAUAUGGCCUGCUGUCGACUCGUCUCGUCAUUAAAUACAGAGCAUACUACUUUUAA